AAAGGGGAAGUGAUGAGUUUGCAGAAUCCUUAGAGGGAAAAAUCCUCCAUUGCUAACUUUUUUACCUUUUCAAUUCGCCGACUAGUUUAGUUUAGAGUUUAUGUUCAUUUUUUAUCCUUUUUUUGAUGUUGAAGAUUUAGAACAGUUUAAUUAGGAUCCUUUACUUACUCAAUUAGAUGCACAGUUUAAAGUUUGAGAUAUAAAGUGAAAGGUUUUUGUGUCAGUAAUUCUGUUGUUGUUGUGUGUUUCUUCACUCAGGGACAGCCAAAUAUUCUUCACCUUUGCUGCCAAAGUAUUUUUGAAACUGCCCAAGGUCUAGAGUUCUAUCUGACUGCAGCACCUGAGCUUUUAUAUUUGAGAGUGUGUAUAUAUAUACAGUCAUCUGGUAGAUAGAAAUGGAAGCAAAACCCACAAAGGAAUUAGAUACAGCUUCACUCAAUCUGAAGCGGAAGCGGGCUACCCGAUGUGUCGCCCAUCUAACCGGAGCUUCGGUACCCACAAACACAGUGAUCAAGCAAAUCAGAUUGGGUGGUGAUGAAAGAAAACUGACUGACUCUGGCCCUUGUACUUCAAGGUCCUUCGUUAGAUAUUAUUUGAACUUUAAAAAAAGUGGGAAGCCUCGACGUUUGAUGCUCCAUAAGAACGGCGAAUGGUUGGACUUUCCCAACGAUGUUAUUGACUUGGUAAAGAAAGAUUUUGAAAUCAAGAAGGCAGCCGUGGAGAUAGUGUUAAAUGGCCAGGAACUUGUGCUUGAUUUUUUACACAUGUAUCUGGUGGACCUGAAAACAGGUUUGCAACAACCCAUUGCUUGGAUUGAUGAGGAGGGGUGCUGCUUUUUCCCCGAUGUCUAUGCUGGUUCUGAUGAAGAACCCAAUUUAGGCGACCAGGAGGGUGGAGAAAGUCAUUCUACGUGUCAAUCAAAUGUAAUAAAAUUACAUUUAGCCAUUGCAAUCAAUGGGGAUGAUGAACACAAGCUGAGGGAGUAUAGUGGGGAGUCCCAUGCUGUAGCUAAGGGUGUAGAAGUUGAUGGUAGCACUAACAAAGUGGGAAGUGAAAAUGUUGGUGCAGCUAUUAAGCAAAAGCAAGAUGGAGAUUUAGAUGCAUAUACUGAAUCUCUGUAUGGAAAGCUGGAUUUGGAUUCUGUACAGAAGAUGUUUCUUACAGGAAUGACUACUUUGGGCAUUACUGAGAUUGACAUAGUUGAGAUUUACCGCAGCUCAGGUAUGGCAAUCCAAGCGCGAUUGGAGUUAUUCCAGAAGCAAACUGAAAUCACGAAAGGAAUUCAGGGAGAUGCUAAUGUUCGAUAUGCUUGGCUUCCUUGUUCUAAAGAGGAACUGUCAACAAUGAUGGAGUAUGGGCUUGGUCACGGUGGACUAUCUGCAUCCAAGCAGAUAUACGGCGUUGGUGUUCAUCUGACACCUAUUACCUGUCCUUAUGUCUGUGCACCUUUUUCCGAUGUUGAUGAAAAUGGGGUUAAGCACUUGGUCCUAUGUCGUGUCAUAAUGGGGAAUAUGGAGCUUCUUCGCCUUGGCAGUGAUCAGUUUCAUCCCAGUGGUUGUGAAUAUGAUAAUGGGGUGGACGACAUUGAAUCCCCAAACUACUAUGUGGUUUGGAAUAUGAAUAUGAACACUCACAUCUAUCCAGAAUUUGUGGUUAGUUUCAAGGCCCCUCUGGAUGCGGAAGGUAAUGUUUGUUUAAACGAGAGUAAGAAAAAUGUUUCUGAGCAUAACUCUUCUACAGUGAAUACUGGAAAAGCUGAUAGUGUGCCUGCCCGAAAAGGUCCAUCAUCCCCUUGGCUGCCUUUUCCCAUUCUUUUUGCUGCCAUAAAAAACAGGGUUCAUCCCAGGCUUAUGAUUCUUCUCAGAGCACAUUAUGCACAACUGAAGGCAAAGCAGAUUUCCCGCGAGGAUUUUGUGAUGAAGCUGAGGUUGAUUGUUGGAGAUAAUCUAAUCAGAGCUGCGAUAGCAAAUCUUGAAUUCACGGGGCCACCGAAUGGUGAAUCAUAAAGCUCAAACAAGAAGAAAGGCUGAGGCUUUCUAAUGAGGAGGAGGAGAUUUUUCACUUGGAGUUAACUAUCGUCAAGUUGUGAUAUGGUUUGCUCCUGGGAGAAUUAUCUUUUUUAUUUUUUUAUUUCAUUUCAUAGUCCUAAUUUCCAGUUUGAAUCUGGAAUUGUGGUACAUGUUUGCUACUGGAACUUCAUUAUGGUUUAUUUUGAAAUGUCUGAUGAUCAGAUGUACUGUGAACUUAUAUAUUUUCUGGUUUUAUAAUAAAUGUCGUUGAUUGGACAUUCCAUAUAUUUAUUUUCACUUUAAAGUGAUCGCUUGCUUUUUUCACUGUGGAAUGAUGGAUUGAACAUGUAAAUUGUUUGUUAGUGCAAGUGAUGAAUCUUUCGUGUAA